AGCAUCGCCCACAGACAUCACACAUCACGCAUCGCAACAGAACAGAGCAAAUCACUCGCACGUGCCGCUCUCUGCUGAACCCAGAUAUGCCAGGCAUCGAGGCAUUUGAAUCAUGUCAGGACCCAAGGCAGCGCUGAAAGCCAUCGGCGCGGCCAUCAAGUCCCAAAAAUAUGACGAUGCCAUCCAGGAGGCCCAGAAGUUGCUGGCCGCAGACCCCAAGAGCUAUCAAGGGUCUCUAUUCCUAGGGUUCGCCCUCAGCAAACAGAAUAAAAACGAAGAGGCCGAGAAGGCGUACGAGUCUGCGACGAAACUCAAAUCCUCCGAUCCUCAAGCAUGGCAAGGGCUUAUCCAGCUAUACGAGAAGCAGGGCAGUCACAAAUUGGAGUUAUACCAGACUGCGGCUUUGAGAUUGGCCGAAAUCUACCAAGCAGCGGACGACAAGUACAAAUGUCAAGUUGUCGUUGACACGUUCCUCGGAUUUGCAAAGAACCAAGGCACUCGUCUCCAAUGUAAGAAAGCCCAAGAGAUUGUCCUACCAACCAGUCCCAUCUACGAUUACCUAGAAGGUCGCAUCCCGCACCCAGGCCACACAUACCAGAUUAUGGCACAGAUUACGGAGUUUGAGGAGAAAGAACGCAUCAACAAGGAUAUUGGAGAACGAAGGACCAGACUUGGAGCGAAAAUUGGACAAGUCACUGUUGAGGUCAAACGCGAGGUGUUACGAGACAGUGAUUUGGAAGAAUUAUACGAAAAAAUCAUUGACUGGAGUAAUGAUGAUGAGAUACGACGCCAAUAUGAAGAAAAGCUCCUCCAAAGAUGUCUAGAUGUAUUGAUUAUCCUUCCACCAGGAGAGCAAAAGGUCGAGAGACGCAACAAAGUUUUGAAAUUGGCAAACGACAUGGUCAUCAUCAAGCACCCUUACAAACUGGCAUGGGACAUUGCAAUUGGAUGGACAGACCCAAAAAAUAUUCAAGAGCUAGAUGUGAACAUCUUACGCGAAUAUUGCAUGGCAUUUCCUACUAGUGGCCUUGCUCAAGUUCUACAAGGAUUCUUGAGCAGCGAAAUAUCGCCAUUCCCAAAGCCUCCACCUCCAACACCCGUUCAGAAUGAUACCGCAUCAGACGAAAGUGAUGGCGAUGAAGACGAAGGGGGUGGAGUCUCUCUUGAGGGCCCAGCGCUUCUCGAGGACCGCCUACUCAUUAUGACCGAAGGGAUGGCAGAUUCAGGAAAGUCAAUUCUUGCUCAUCGGCUGAUGGGAGAAUACUAUCAGUUUCUUGAGGAGUACGAGAGCGUGGUAGAACUCAUGCGAAAUGGCCGACGCUUGGUGAUGGAGGAGGCGAACAAAAUUGGCCUUAAGUUUGAAAACUCUUCCGAGUCAAUGACUGCUCUACUUGCAACUGCCUUGGUCUUCUACCAAUCGCCGAAAAACCAUCCUGAGGCGAAGGUUUUAUUCGACGGAUUGCUCGUCCGAAAUCCUAGCUCAACGCCUGCCUUGAUAGGUAUCGGGCUCAUCUAUGAAGAGGAGGAAGACUAUCCGGCUGCUAUAGAAUUCCUGGGGCGGGCCCUGAAAAGAGACUCGGGCAAUAUUAAAAUCAAGACAGAAGCUGCAUGGGUAAAGGCGUUGAACGGCGAUUAUUCUCAAGGCAAGGAGGAAUUGGAAGAUUCGAUGUCCAAUAUUGACACUAAGGAUCAAAAAAUGCGAGAACUACUUGCCCAAACUCAAUAUCGGAUUGGAGUCUGCAUGUGGAACAUCGAUACUACAAAGGCAGCCCGGAAAGAUAGGAGCGGCGCCUACUCUUACUUCUUGGCUGCUUUGAAGAGCAAUCUCAACUUUGCACCUGCAUAUACGAGUCUCGGAAUCUACUAUGCCGACUAUUCAAAGGACAAAAAGAGAUCCAGAAAAUGCUUCCAAAAAGCAUUCGAAUUAUCUUCUUCAGAGGUCGAGGCAGCCGAACGACUGGCUAGGAUCUUCGCAGAGCAAGGGGAAUGGGAACUUGUAGAAGUUGUUGCUCGGCGGGUUGUUGAUUCCGGCAAGGUAAGGCCGUCGCCUGGAUCAAAGAAGAAAGGUGUCAGCUGGCCAUUUGCGGCACUUGGGGUGGCCGAAUUAAACAAGCAAGAGUAUGCGAAAAGCAUUGUUUCCUUUCAAUCAGCACUCCGGAUCACACCCAGUGAUUAUCAUUGCUGGGUCGGGCUUGGGGAGAGUUACCACAAUUCUGGGAGAUACAUUGCAGCAACCAAGGCAUUUCAGCACGCAGAAAAGUUCGAGCACGAGGUUGAACAACGGAAGUCUGGUGAGACAUGGUUCGCCAAGCAUAUGCUAGCCAAUGUCAAGCGGGAAUUGGGUGACUACGAUGAAGCAAUUGAGGGAUAUAAAGGAGUGCUGGAGGGACGGCCGACCGAAUCUGGGGUCGCAAUGGCAUUGAUUCAAGCGUUGGUGGAGAGUGCCUGGGAUAGCGUCGAGAAGGGUCUAUUUGGACAUGCUAUCCGCCGCGCCACGGAAACCAUUGAUGCAGCCCUCGGUCUCGUCGAAAGCCGAGCUGAUGCAUUUAAUCUUUGGAGAGCAGCGGGAGAUGCUUGCUCCAUAUUCACAUGGGUGCAAAGUCGCAUUUCAGAUUUCCCGCAUGCAAAAGUCAGACAGCUUUUACAAGCUGGAGACAAUCGAAGUGCUUACAGUGUCUUCGACGAGGUCGAUGGUGUUGGGGUGGAUAUUGUCUUCGCAAACGGACUCUAUUCUGCCGCCGAGGAAGACGGGUUGAAUCUUACGAGGUGCUUCCAUGCAGCUAUUCUUGCUCACAAGAGAGCUAUCCAUGCUUCAGCGCAUGAUUUACAUGCUCAGGCUGUUGCAUACUACAACUUGGGUUGGGCCGAACAUCGGGCUCACGUUUGUGUUAGUCCCGAACUCAAGAAGAAAUCUACAAGAUAUCUUAAGGCAUCUGUGCGUUGUUUCAAGAGAGCUAUCGAACUUGAAGCAGGCAAUUCCGAGUUCUGGAACGCCCUAGGUGCGGUCACCAGCGAGCUGAAUCCGAAGGUUGCUCAGCACUCGUUUGUCCGGAGUUUAUUCUUGAACGAGAGAAGCGCUCAGGCGUGGACGAAUCUCGGAACUUUGUACUUGUUGCAAAAUGACUUUGGCCUUGCCAAUGAUGCAUUUACGCGUGCACAGUCCAGUGACCCAGACUUCGCCCAUGCCUGGGUGGGACAAGGGUUGCUUGCUCUCUUGAUGACAGGAGAUAUAAAGGAAGCAAAUCUACUCUUCACCCACGCCAUGGGGAUAUCCGAGUCUUCCUCUUUAAUCGUACAGCGGCAAUACGCACAAUCUGCCUUCGAUCAGAUUCUUGCCUCCAAGACGCCAUCUAGUAUUACAGAACUUGUUCAACCUUUGUUUGCACUUAAUCAGCUGCAGGCUAUGGCUCCUACAGAUCUAACAUACCAACAUCUGUCCACCUUAUUCUUGGAGCGGAUUAAUGAUCUUCCUUCUGCCGUGGUCGCACUGUCAAAGAUCUGCACAACAGUUGAGGCUGACUACGAAGUCUCUGAAUCUCCUUCAUCGCUUUCUCGAUUUGCCCUUGGAAAAGCAGAUCUUGCUCGAUCUCAAUUGUCUGCUAGGUCUUAUCCAGAAGCUAUCGAUAAUGGCGAAACUGCUCUUCAACUAAGUGCCGAUGAUGCUGGCAAUGAACUUUCAACAGAAGCUCGCCAGAAAUGUCGGCUCUCUGCCCAUCUGACGGUCGGUCUGGCCCACUAUUACUCCGAGAAGCCAGAAACUGCUCUCCAGUACUUCUUACCUGCCCUCGAAGAGUCAAAUGGAAAUCCAGAUGCAUUUUGUCUGCUGGCACAAGUACUGUGGGCAACAGGAGACGAAGGCUCCCGCAACAAAGCUCGAGACAACCUCUUUGACUGCGUUGAGAACCACCCAGAACAUGUGCAGUCCGUCCUCCUCCUCGGAAUUAUCGCCAUCCUCGACCAAGACAGUGAAAGCCUCGAGGCUGUCACUGCCAGCCUUCAAGAUAUCCGCGCUACGAGCACAAUAAGUAAUCGUGAACAGGGACAGGUUGGCGAAGUGCUUCGCGCCAUUGCUGCUUUAUCCGGAAGUAAUCAUGAGAAGGAGGUCUUGACGAAGGUCCAGACGGAUAUCUUCUUACAUCCUAAUCUCCCUCAUGGAUGGGGUCGCCUUGCUGAGAUUGAGGGCGAUGAAUAUACGGCUGAGAUGGCGCUGAAGACGGCGUUAGAGGCUGUUCCUCCAAGGGGUGAGCUUGAGGCUGAUGAUCUUUCGAGGGCGUUUGGGGGAACGGGAAAAGUUGGAGAUGCGCAGAGGGCGGUUAUGUUUGCGCCUUGGGGUAAUGAGGGGUGGUUAUCUUUGAGCGCUGCAUUGUCUGGACGGGAUUGAUGAAGUCAUUAGACUUGGUGCAUGAUAGAUGGAGGUUCUUAUACGAUGAUGAGAAAUUAUAAUGUCAUAUGAAAAUUCCACCCCCUGAUCCGGUGCAGUGGUAUCGUGGUUAGUGGACCCCGGGAUCUCGCGAAGCCUCCUGCUAGCCAACGAAUAGGGGUAGUGGCCAAAUCUCUCAUAUUGCAGAUGCAUCUGCAUUUCUUCUCUGCUAUUACUCUUCAUUAUCCUAAUUCAAGACCAAGGCAAUGCUCCAUGUUCGGGUUCCGGUAUGAGUAACUGCUGUCGUUGGUCGCUGUUUUCCUGC